UGAAAUCAGUACCCGGAUCAAGUCGCCCUUUCAGGGCUAUACUGGCGGCAAUCGUAAACAACUCAGCUAGUCGUUCAUUUCCCUAGUUUGUCGAUUAAAAAUACUUAUUUGACAAUAAGUGGCCACGGAAUUUACACUCCACAGGCGCUCUCAGAGUUGCAGUGUGGGUGUCACGUUUCGAAGGCCCUGGGUUCAGAGUUAACAUGGAUGACGACUAUGCGCUUGCCCUGCAGCUUCAGGAGCAGUUCGACAAUGACGCGAACGACCGGCCGCUCGUCCCCUGGAAGCCCGAAAGACCGCUAUCAGUCGUGGAUGCGUCGUGGGAGACUCUGGACCCCACCCCGGACGUGCGUGCGAUGUUCCUGGAAUUCAACGACAGGUUCUUUUGGGGAAAACUGAGCGGCGUGGAGGUCAAGUGGAGCCCCAGGAUGACCCUGUGUGCCGGCGUGUGCUCUUACGAGGGUCGCGGCGGACUUUGUUCGAUCAGACUCAGCGAGCCGCUGCUCAAGCUCAGACCCCGCAAAGACCUGGUGGAGACGCUCCUGCACGAGAUGAUCCACGCCCUGCUGUUCGUGACGCAGAACAACCGAGACCGCGACGGCCACGGGCCCGAGUUCUGCAAGCACAUGAACCGCAUCAACAAGGACAGCGGCGCCAACAUCACCGUGUACCAUAACUUCAACGACGAGGUAGACGUGUACCGCCAGCACUGGUGGCGCUGCAACGGGCCGUGCCAGACGCGCAAGCCCUACUUGGGUUUCGUUAAGAGGGCCAUGAAUCGGGCCCCCUCGGCCCUGGACCCCUGGUGGGAGGACCACCAGAGGACGUGCGGGGGCACCUACACCAAGGUAAAGGAGCCCGACGGCUACGGCAAGAAGAAGGAGGCCAAAAAAAACAAAAAGAUGCCCGCUGUUGAAAAGCCAGCAGGAAGUCGGGACAUUCGGGACGUGAUCGCAUUCAGCGGCAAAGGCUUCGUCCUGGGCGGGAAUUCGUCCUCUUUGAAGAUGUCAGCUGGCCCCGCCUCCUCCGCAGUCGCAAAACUCGUGCCGCCUUCGCCCCCGGCUCGAGUCUUUCCCGCGGUGACACAGCCGGCGCCGCGGGACCUGAAGGCACCUGCCAAGAAAUCAGUUGCUAAUACCAGAGUGUUUGUCAACAUUAACGGAUCGCCGGUUAAAAUCCAAAAGCCUCGUCAAGGCGUUGGCGACAAAAACGGCGUCGGUGGUCACGGCAUCGGGAGCAACUUUGCCAUGGGCAAUGGUAGCCACGGUGUUGGUCGUCAUAGCGUUGGCAGCGGCAAGCGCGAAGAACCAGAUAGACUGAAGCAGACCUCCAUUAAUGUUUUGUUCAACGGCAAGUCGACGCAUCAUUCGUUCAUGGCCGACUCACCAAGUAAAACAAAGUCACCGACACAGAUUUUAGUUUCUCCUUCCGUUUCGGAUCCUCAUCACAACAACCAUCAAGCCACGUCGUCCCCGCCGCCGUUCGAGCGUCCGUCGGGGAACGCCGUUGCCAACGCUCCUCAGUGGAAGAAGCGACCGCUGAACGACUUGACCGGCGUCUUUGAGGGCUUCAACAAGAGACUGAAGGUGGAGACCAAAGACGACACGGAAUCGGGGCCGACGAGUAGCCACGCCGCCACCUCGUCGUCCUCGCCGGCGAUGGUCACGUGUCCCGUGUGUCAGGCCAGUGUGCAGGAGUCAAAGAUCAACGAGCACCUGGACUCCUGCCUCUGUUGACCCCACAUGGUUGAGGAACGUAUUCGAAGAGAGGUAUUAAUUAUUCCAAAUGUAUUCGUUAUCGUGCUUGCGGUUUCUGCACUGCAUCAUAGCGACGUCUAUUCUGAAUAUUUUGAGCCUUUUGUGAGGCUCAAGUCCCAACUUGUUACUUUACAAGAGGUAAGACGCGUAUUGAAAAAGAGAGCCCUACAAAUUCCUUUUCGAAGGUAGGAUGGACUUUUGUCCAGUUAACCUGAAAGAGAUUUGUUUGUUCAAGGUAAGGUGUAAAUUACACGUCCUAAUUUGAUAAUAUUUUGUCAUUUUAUCUACGAGUUAGCCCAAAAUUCAUCCAUUUAUGGAUGACAACAGAGACACAUUUUGCAAGUGGCACGAUGGCUUUUACUUGGUCUUUUUCAGCGACCAGAUUUUAAGGAAGCCUCGCCGCCUGAAUGGGUGCCAUGUUCACUCCCGUUGAUUUUAUGAUGUGACCAAAUAUAGCUUUUACAUGUUUGCACAAGUUUGUGUAUUUAUGUUACACGGUUACAGUUUGAAAUGUGAAUAAAAUAUUUUAAAUUCG